AUGAAUGCAUCUGAGUACAAAGACAACACGUCAGCUCAAGGACAGGAGAACUGCAACAUCAGUCAUAGCGUGGUUGAUGUGGUUCUGUCGAGUCUUUACUUCCUCAUCUUUGUCCCGGCCCUCGUGCUGAAUGUCACGGUGAUGUGUGUCCUACUGCGGCUCAAGACCAAGUCCACCUUCAUGGUGUACCUGAAGAACCUGGUGGCGGUUGAUCUGCUCAUGACCCUGACUGUGCCGGUGAAGGCGGCCAGCGAGUUGCCAGGCGCAGCUCUGGGGCUGCGGGUCUUUGCCUGUCGUUUCGCCAGCGUGAUCUUCUACACCUGCAUGAACAUCAGCAUCAUCCUCAUGGGCAUCAUCAGCCUGGACCGCUUCUUCAAGAUCGUCCGACCCUGCGGCAGCAUGCCCGGCCAGAGCCUACUCUUUGGCAGGGCAGUCUCCGUCGCCACCUGGGUGGUCCUGCUAGGUGGCACCACCCUGCCCACAAUGGUCCUGACCAGCAGGGCGCCCUUGGACAACUCCCCUGAGCUCUGCAUGGAAAUGAAGAGCCAGGCGGGGAAGGACUUCCACAAGGCAUUGGUUUGGGUGUUUAACUUGAUCUUCUGGAUCAUUCUGGUUCUGAAUGGGUUCUUCUACACAUGCAUAGCCAGGACGGUGGUCCAGUCGCACCGCAACUCCAGGAGCACAAACACAAAAGGGAAGCAUAAGACCCAAGCAAAGGUAUUCAUCGUGCUUGCUGUGUUCCUGGUCUGUUUCGCCCCUUACCACAUUAUACGGAUCCCUUACACUCAGCUGCAGGUGAAAAACCAGCACAGUUGCACAUGGGAAAUACUGAAGGUGGCUAAGGACUUUUCCCUCUGGCUCUCAACCACAAACAUCUGCCUGGAUCCACUCAUCUAUUUCCUCCUGUGCAAAAGCUUCCGAAAGAAGCUGUCUGACCUUGGCAUUCUAAAGAGAUUCUCGAGCUCUGGCUCAGGGACCGAUGAAGACUUGACCAAUGAGUGA